CUGCUGCAGAUGGUGAGGAGACCGGACAAACAGCACAGUUUCACUUCUGUGGGGAACAAAAAGAAGCACUGGAGUGUUUGAUGAGCAAAGGAUGGUAUGUGAGGAAGAGUAGGACGAGUGUGGACUAACAGGAGAAGGAUUCUGCCAUCAUGUCCUGUUUGUGGGACUUUGAACCCAGAAGCUAAAAGGGAAAACUUGCCUUCUGGUUCUUGUUGGAGAUGUUUCCUACUCUUCUCAAAAUGCUCUCCUUUCUUAUCAUUUCUCAUUGGACACACGUGCGUUUAUGCAGUUCAGAGUGAGCAUAUACCUCAUAAAGAAGGAAUCCCAGUUAAGCUUGAGUCAAGGUGGAGGGUUGAGUUAGUGGGUUAUUUUUAAGCACGGCAGUGUCUGUGCGUUUAACAAAUCAGCAACUUCUUGCACAAUUUGGAAACACUUCACAUUUAUUGCCCGAUGCAAGAAGUGAAUAUAGUCCCUGCCUGCCCUGCAGCAAGAUUUCAUCAAUGACUUGAGAAAAAUAUGACAGAGAUCUGUACAAUGUACAUGAACUAGUGACGAACAAAAUGAAGAUUUGACAGUAAAGCUGGACUGCAGGCUUACAGACAGACUAACUGGACCCCGACGAACCGUCAGCAGCCACGCAGGAGGCAGGAGGACGUUUGGGAGCCAUGUCUCUGUCAGCUGACCGUAGCCCCCUGGGGGGCAUCAAGGGAGCAGAGUCUGAAGCAACUUUAGUGACGCUGGAGAAACAGCUGAUGUGUCCAAUCUGCCUCGAGAUGUUCAGAAAGCCAGUGGUGAUCCUGCCAUGCCAGCAUAACCUCUGCAGAAAGUGUGCUAAUGAACUCUACCAGCCAUCACUGUUCCAGGCCCGGACCACUAUGAGUGUGAAUAGCGGCCGUUUCCGUUGUCCUUCUUGCAGACAGGAAGUGGUCCUGGAUCGACAUGGUGUCUAUGGCCUUCCAAGAAACAUUCUGGUUGAAAACAUCAUUGAUAGUUACAAACAAGAAAUCAGUAUCCCAAGCCCCCUCCCUACUCCCCCACCUCCUUCUCAAUUAACAUGCUCUAGCCAUGAGGAUGAGAAGGUGAACAUUUAUUGUCUCACCUGUCAAGUUCCUACAUGUUCUCUGUGCAAAGUGUUUGGGGCUCAUCAGUCCUGCCAGGUAGCUCCUCUGACAGACGUCCACCAGCAGCAGAAGGAUGAGCUGAGCAAAGGAAUCACUUCGUUGAUGGCGUUCACUGACAAAGUCAAGACUCUCAUCAAUGAGUUAGAGGACACUUGUAGAACUAUAGAGGAGAACUCUAAGAUUCAGAAACAGCGUGUGUGUGACAAGUUCAACCAAGUGCUUUCCAUUCUGGAGAACAGACGUAAGGUGAUGGAACAGAAAAUCAGCCCUGAGCUGGAAGAGAAGGCAGGCUAUUCCCAGUUGCUAGUGCGAUGCUAUGAGGAGAGAAUUGAAGCCAACAGGAAACUGGUGCAGAGUACACAGAGCAGCAUGGACGAGCUUGACAUGGCUGCUUUUGUUCAGAAUUCAAGACAACUGACUACAAAAGUAAUAGCAGCAGCCAGCGCCUGUCCAUCUGAGAUGUUGAAACUAGGUUGUGAGAAUCCACACCACAACAAACUUAAUUUCAGCAAGCAAGAAAGGGCUCUGAAGAGCAUCAGUUUCAUGAAGGUGUCAGAGGAUGUUCCAGAAGCACAACUGGAUCCAGAGCAAGAAAACUCAGUGCCGAACCUGGAUGGUGUUGUCGGAUCAAUCAAAGAGCCAGUUCCAGCUCUAUUAAGCCCCCCAUUAGAACCAGCUGGAAAAGAAAUGGCCUCUGACCCACCAGCUACAACACUACAGAGACCCUCUCUGGAGUCUGUUGGGGAAUGUAUGCAGCUGGAGCAGAAUGAGUUUGAUGCAAAUGAAGAAGGCCAGGGACAUUUUAAUGUGGAGAGCAGGAAGGAGAUGGAUGAGGUUCAAAAAGCACUGGAGUCUCCACAUCCUGCAAAUGAACACCAGGAGGGAAUGAGCACGCAGCAGGCUGUCACAUUGAUCUUCUACCUGUUGGGCUUCAUUGCCAUCCUGCAGAAGCUUUGGGAUUAUAUUGGUUGUUUCAUUUGAAUAUAAAACCAGCACGAGAGAAAUGCGCCAUCGCCAUUACAGAGCUCAGGCCAGAGUUUCAGGAGCUGCAUGUUGCCCUGCAGUCCCCCCCUCUGAUCAUCCCACUGCUUGUUUCCACCUGCCUGUAUGGAUGUCUGGUAGAUGCCUGCUGACAUCCUGGCCUGCACUCCCACCCUCUGACCACCUCAGUGUCUGCUGUCUACAUCGGUUUUAUAUAGUCAUCCCUGUAUUGCACCAGUUAGCCAUCGUGUCUGUGUCUCUCCUCUCCCUGUUCUUCAUUCUCUCUGUCUGUUCUCCCUUUUCCUGCUCUGCCCAGCUGGUCUCCGGCAGGGGGUCCCCCCUUGUGAUCCAGGUCUUGCUCAACGUUUCUUACCUCCUAAAAGGUUUUCUUGCCACUAUGUGGUUGAAGGUUUUUCUCCCACUAGAGGAGUUAUUUUUACCUGCCAGUGUUUAUGUUUUGUUCAUGUAAUAAUUGCUCGGGGGUCAUGUUUGAGUCUCUGGAAAACACCUAGAUACAACUUCUUUUGUAAGACACUAUAUAAAUGAAAUUGAAUUGAAUUGAUAUAGAAUAGCAGGGACAAUUGUAUAACGUCUUUCCAGAUCUAUAACAACUUUAUUGGGGGCAAAUUGAAUGUUUUUCCUAAUUAAUAUGUCUGUAUCCGUCGUUUGGCAAUUGAAUUGGGAAUGAAAGGUUUGCCCUAUCCAUGGACGGCUCAGCUUUUUACAAUCGGAUCGUUGUAGGUGUGUCUCCUGAAAUUUUUGAUAUAGGUCAGAAUCUUUGUUCGUUUUAAUGCAGUGUUCAAACCUCCUGUGUUUAAAGAAAUAAGUCUUACCAUUUGUCCACCAGUGGGCUCUCUGGCCGACAAGUCGGUCAUUCUACAUUCAUCAGAAAGGGUGUCAAGUUGAUUGUGAGACACAGGCAAUAAAAUAUAUAUAAACCCUCAUAAAACAUAACGGAUGACAUCAAGUGUUCCACAAAGCACAAAUCUGUGUAUCUUGUCAUUAAAAUGGUCCUUCCCCUACAUCCCUAUGGGGAAGCCUCCUGUGAUAAUUUAACUUUCAGAAAUUAACAAACCCAAUGCUAAACUGACUUGGUCAAAACUCGUGGACCCAAAAUAAAUAAAUAAUCAGAAAGAAAGAAAAAAGAAAAAUAAUAAUAAAGUGCAAUAAAACAAUAAGCCACCUAAAAGUAUUACUGCCUUAUAAGACUAAAGAACAAAGGUUUGCAAGAAGUUCUGCCAACAGCCUAGAGAAGAAGACGGUGGGUGUGGGUCCCUCAAUUGAUUGUGGAAGGCCAAUAACUUGGAUACUAUUCCUGCGGCUCCGGCCUUCGAGGUCCAACAUCUUGGCAAUUAAUUUGUUGUUGGUAUCGUUUAAGCCUUUAUUUUCAACUCUAAAGAACGAAUACGCUGGUCAUCUGACUCUGCACUAGUCUCCAGUGAGGUGAGAUGUUGCUCAUGAUAUACCAAGGUGGUCUGCAUCUUCUCCAGACUUGACUCCAAUGCAAUUAACUAGUUUUUAAGAUCUGCUGCAAUGCUAGCUCUGUGUUUCUCCAGCAGGCCUUCGAUGCUAGGUAAGCACGCGUGACGCGCCAGAGAAAGCACCCUCACUCUUCUUGGUUGACUUUGCCGCUUUCAACAUUAUUCCGGCCGUUCAAUUUUAUUAUACAGUACAUUUGAGAAGUAUCAGUUCUGACAUGGGUCGUUGAGGGUAUAGUGAAAAUUGCUCUUUUGUAUUUGCUGUAACCAAUGUAAGGUACCAGUAAAAAGGGUAGGUAUAUAUAAGCCUUGCUUUUACCUACACCCUUUUGGUUACAAAUGUACCGAAAUAAACAUUCAAACAGCAACAACAAAAAGGUAUUUUCGAAAAGUAUAGUUACGGGAGACGGAGACUACGCCGCUCUCACAUGAUGACUUGCUCAUAUAGUGGGGUAAGCUAAUACUACAUUGUUGCUUGACCCAACAAAAAACACAGACUGACAGCUUGUUUUGUCACAAACUGUUUAAACAUAUCAUAAACUAACUCUAUAUGGAUGGAUACCACAGAGUUUGUAGGUUAAUUCAAAAUAAAGCUUUCCAUAUCAAUAGAUUCACAAAUAUAACUCAUGCUUCAGAUUUUAUCCAUGAGCAAAUAGUAACAAAAGUACUUUACCACAUGUUUCUGUUGUCAUCCAGUUGGUGGUGCUGUGAAAUCCAGGCACACAGAACUGGUGGCUCUGGUGCUACAAGGCUGUCAUUUUUCAAUGAUAAAAUAACUAUAAGAAAAGAUUGUGAUAACACUCAAACAUUUAUGCAGAAACAAUAUUUAACUAUUAAACAAGUCAGUAUAA